AUGGCUAUGGAAAGGGAAAAGGUUGUUAGUGGUGGUAAUGGUGGUGGCAGCGAUGGCAGUGGUGGUGGCAUUGGCGGCGGCGGCGGCGGCGGCGGUAGCGGCGGUGGUAGUAGAGGCAGCAACGAUUGUGGUGGUAGUGAGAUGGGAAUGGUGCUGUCGGUGGUGAUGGCGAUGGCGACAACAACAGUAGCGGCAGUAAUGGUGAUGGAGGUGGUGGUGGCGGCGUUGGUGGUAGCGGUGGUGGUGGUGGUGGCGUGUUUAACUAUGGUAAACGGUAUUUUUAGUGAUCGCUGUAAACAAGAGUAA